CGAGCCGGAGCCGGAGCCCGAGCCGGAGCCGGAGCCCGAGCCGGAGCCGGAGCAGGAGCUUAGCUUAGCCACAACUGCCGCUUGGUCUCAGCAGCCUCCAGCUUCAACCCCAACCCCAGCCUGGCCCCGUCCUUGGGGCGGCAGAAAUCGCAGCCUCUGGUCUGGUCCAAUUCAGCCUUGUCCGGCCCGAACCUAGAGCCUGGCCCAGCAUGGCAGUAGAGGCCCCUGCCCCCAGUCCCAGUCGUUUCCCGGCCCGGUGCAACGUCCAGUCCAGCCUCUGAAGGACUCCCGACGACGGUCCCUGGGAGCCCAGCGUCCCUGCUCCCAGCCCGCUUCCCCUACACUAGUUGAACUGCGGCCCGGACUUCCCGGAUUCCCCAAGUUCUGCACCUCUCUGCCUUGCUUCGCGGUGCACCCCGAUCUCCAGCAACUGAACCCCUCCGCACAGCACUCUUGAGUUCCAUCACCCGGAUCCCUCAGCCUUGCGCCCGCCAUCCCCUCAGCCCUCCCUCCUCCCUCUCUUCCAGCUCUAAUCCCUUACCCCACUUCUGUUCCCCCUGUCCCGCAUCCUCGGCCCCUCUAGGGCCCAAAUCCCCACUGGCCUUGCGACCCUUUCCUUAACUCUCCAGUCCCGGGACCCGGACCCCCGAGUCCUGUACUCCUUGGUUGGGGUUCCUCGUAGCCGUCCCCGCCCCCUCCACUCCCCAGAGCUCGCGCCCCCAGCGGCGGCGCCAUGGCCAAGGACCAACUGCGGCCCCGGCUGUGCCGGAUGAUCAAGGGCGAGCAGGGCUACGGUUUCCACCUGCACGGAGAAAAGGGCAAAAGUGGCCAAUUCAUUCGCAAGGUGGAGCCGGGCUCCCCGGCGGAGGCGGCAGCGCUGCGCGCUGGGGACCGGCUGGUGGAGGUGAAUGGGGUCAACGUGGAGAAGGAGACGCACCUCCAGGUGGUACAGAGGAUCAAGGCUGUAGAGGGUGAGACCCGACUCCUGGUGGUGGACAAGGAGACAGACGAAUACCUGGCCAGCCUGCAUCUGACUUGCACAGAGGAGAUGGCUCAUCGUGGGGUUCUGCCUUCAGCUCCCGCAUCCCCCCGGGAUAAUGGCAACUUGUGGGAGCCCCAGCCAGAGACCCGGUCCCCAAGGGCUAUGGGGGGCAGCUUCAGCAGCCAGAAGGAUGUGCCUGGAACACCUCGCGAGCUGCGCCCACGUCUCUGUCACCUCCACAAAGGCCCCAAUGGCUACGGCUUCAACCUGCAUAGUGAAAAGUCCCGUCCCGGGCAGUACAUUCGUGCUGUGGAUGCUGGGUCCCCUGCUGCCCACUCUGGCCUUCGGCCCCAGGACCGGCUAAUUGAGGUAAAUGGCCGGAAUGUGGAGGGACUUCGCCAUGCUGAAGUUGUGUCCAGCAUCAAGGCCCACGAGGAGGAGGCACGGCUGCUUGUGGUUGACCCUGAGACUGACGCCUACUUCAAGAGGCUACGGGUAGUGCCCACGGAGGAGCAUGUUACAGGUCCGCUACCUUCCUUGAUUACCAAUGGCAUGAGCCCACCCCAGAUCAAUGGUGGCUCGACUUGCUCGUCUCGGAGUGAUCUGCAGAAUGUGGACAAGGACACAGAGGACAGCGACGUGGCCAAGCGGGACCCGUUCCAGGAGAGCGGGCUGCACCUAAGCCCCACCGCGGCAGAAGCCAAGGAGAAGGCCCGGGCAAAGCGCGUCAACAAGAGGGCCCCGCAGAUGGACUGGAACAAGAAGCGAGAGAUUUUUAGCAAUUUCUGAACCCGUUCCUUCCCCAUCCCCCUCAGCCACUGGCUCCUCCUGCUUCUCCCUGAAGGAAGGGAACUAGGAACUCCCUGCCAGGAGCCACAGGCUUUGUGCUCAGCUGCCCCCACCCUUCCUGAGGCCAGAGCUCCCAAGUAUCCCCAACCUGUGUCUGAGGAGCUUCUGGCUGAGGUUGGGGGGGGGGGGACAACUUCCUUUUGGUCCUUGCUCGGUUCUCCUCCCCAAGCCCCACUGUCUGCCUGUGCCCUUGCUGCUGGAAGAGCCAGUCCCUCCCCACUCCCCUCCCCUUCCCGGAGCCUCAGUGAGACAGAACCAGAGAAUGGGUCGUUUGCUCCAGGAGUCAAACCUGACCCCAGGGACUGGACCUUUGCUGAAACUCCUGGUGUUUGUUCUUGUCAGUCUGGGGAUUUAUUCCCUGAAAGCAGGGCAGGAGAGAAAGACUGAGGGAGACACAGAGCCAGAGAGAAACAAAGAAAGAUAGAGGCCCAGUAGAAAGAGAGAGAGACCCUUUAAUGUUAUUGGGUUUUUUUUAUUGGCUAGUGGAUUUAAGGGAAUUUUUGUGUUACACAUGUUUUCAUUUACUGCCAGGAAUCUCCCCUCCCCCACAGGGACUUUGACAUACAUUCUCUGUCUUCUCUGUCUUACUCUGUCUCUCUUUCUCUGCCUCUGUGUCUAUCUGUCUGUCUCUCGGGCAGCAAAACAAAUCUCUCUGCAGUUCUUUCCUUCCCUCUUCCCUCCUCCAUUCCUCUCCUGUUAAAGUCAGAGGGACCAGAGGGUUCAAGGCCAGAAUUGGCAACCGAUGAGCUCGGUGGAUGGGUUGGAGGGAAGGAAGCUCAUUUGGGGCAGCAAGUCAAGUUUGCCCAGUUUGGGGUCUCUCAGGAGGUUGCUCCAUGUGGAGAUGCUGGAAAUAGCUCAUGGGACCAUCCUGGGCCCCUGGAGGCAAGUAGGGGCCCAGAACUGAGGUGUCCCAUGCUCCUUGUCCCCUACCUAGAUCGGGUUCUCUUCUGAGCUUUGCUGCCUUUGCUCCAUGUGGACCCAGAAGCUGGGUCAAAUCCUCGUCACUGGUGGGACGCAGAUCCCCCCUGCUCUGCAUGAGCCUCAUUGGGCAGUUGGCUGCUGCACCUAUUGGCCCUUCUAGCACCUGUUCUUGGAAGGGCUGAGCUGAUGACCAAGGCACCUACAGCUUCUGCAUCUCCUGCCCUGCUUUUCAGACUGAUUCCUUCAGUGCUUCGAGCCUCCUUGGCAAUUGCCACCCCUACCUUGGACAGCCUCUUGCCUCGGAGCCUGGAAGGCAAGUAAACUAGACUUUUGAGGAGUUUUUUUUUUUAAUUCACCGUCUUUCCAGUGGCUGAUUGACUUGUGCAGAAGAUGGAUGUUUGGGCUGGGGAUAUUUGCCUCAUCAAUUGUUAAAAUGCCUUUGGGGGUCUUCUCCUCUUCCCAAAGCCACUGCCAACCAGAAGCCUUCUAGUCUGAAGCCACCGGGAUAGUUUGUGGAAAAGGGCCUGGCCUGGAGGAAGAUGGUGGCCAGGGCUCUGCUGGGGAAAGGUCUCUAUAUACUGUUUUGUAAAUGUUGUAAAAGGUGCCUUAGGAUUGUCUGGGAUGUCCCAGCCCAUUCUGGGAGGACUGAGUUCUGGAGGUGGGUGGGCAGGGGAAGGAUCUUAGGAAAGUGCUCAGGGCUGGGGUGGGUAGGUAAGGGGGAGCAAGUCAUAUUUGCUUUAGCAAAGUUUGCUCUGUUUUGUGUGUGUUGGGGGGAAGGAACGAAUUUGGAGUGAGGGUAGAAUGAGGGAUUAUCAUGAUGAGCUUGGGUCAGGAGUCUACAAUUCAUAGCAGUAACUAGGGUCCCAGAGCUUAUGGAGAGUUUGUUUUUUGGGGCUUUAUACCCAACUGUUCCCUGAGGAAAAGGGCCAAUCACUGACUGGAGAAUGUUCUCCUGGUUAUUUGGUGCUCCUGAAAGAGACAACCAAUGGAUGAAGUGAUUCUGGCACCAAAACUCAGAAUUUAACUCACUGUCACACUGUGAUGUUGGCUGCUAUAGCCUCCAGGUGUAGGGUUAAACCUACCUGAAGAUAGGAUUUUCCUUCCAUGUAAAAAGCAAGACACAGAGUAGACUGUCUUCUAUGUAAGGGCCAAAAGUGAUGGGCCCACCCAUACCCAUAGACCUCAGGAGAGGGUUUAUGGUGGCAGUUACAGUGGGGAAGGCAGGACCAAGGUUACUGCUCAGCUGAAAUCAGGUAUGCACGAUUGCAAAUGCAAAAUUAAGCUGCCCACUGCUAGGGCACCCUAGAUCACCUAUCGUCUCUCUCUUUCUUGUAGUGUGAUAGUACAAUAAUUCUUCUUUCCCCUCCCUCCACUUACUUUGAAAACCCAUGCGAGUAUAAGCUGUUGACAUUGUAAGUUGUAAUGUGCACUGUUAACAUCAAUAAUAAACUUGGAAUUGCCAUGUACAGUAUAGAUAGGCUGCGAAGCUGGAAGCAAGGUUUGUUUUGUUUUUGUGCAACUCAGACUGCAUCCACCUGGGGUGAGGGCCAGACUUCCAGCAGCUCCCCCUGGGGUAUUUUCCCCUUUUGGAGGAGAGGAGGAAGGUCCUGGGCUCACCAAGCACUGUGGCUUGGAGUUCUGAGACAAUUCUACCAGGAAGCGGGGGAGGGCAGUUCUAGCCUUCAGUGGCCCCUCAGCCCCAACAAGUGUGGCCAGCUAGGCUUGCUGGCCUUUUCUCUCUUAACCAACCAGGGUGUUGAACUCCAGACAAAAAAAAAGUAGGUAAAUGUCUUAACUCCCGAGGCUGAGGUCCAAGGACUAUAAGGGUUCCCCCGAGGAUCCUUCUGACUUUAUGAUGUGGUAGAAAGCAUUUGGGAGUCAGAAGAUCUGGGUCCAAACCCUGGAUCCGCUAGUUAGGACCUCUUAGACUCCGGACAAAUCUACUUCUCAGGGAUUCAUUUUGCUCAUCUGUAAAAUAAAAGGAUUGUACUAGACAACUAAG